AUGGUAUUGAAGGUCAACAAGGACACGGAAAUCCUUAAAUUCUCCUAUUUGCCGCAGAAUACUCAAAAUUUUCGCAAGAUCCUAAUUCUCUAUUCUCUGUUUCAAGACAUGGCAGAUUGGGUUGAACUGCCAUUAGACAUUUUGGGUUAUCUCAUUCCAUGGAGGAUUUUAUUUUCUUUGGUGCUGUUCCCGGAAGCUAUUGGUAGGAAGUGUUUUGGAGCAGGUUAUGGAUGGUUAAUGACAAUUGGCACCGAUUUACAAAUCAAUCUAUUACAUCCCUUCUCUCGGCAGCAAAUUUGCCUACCACCAAUGCUGACCUUCCCAGUUCAGUAUGAUUAUAAUGACCAAUUUCCACCACAGGAUUACUAUUAUUUCUUUGUGAGAAAGAUAGUGAUGUCCUCAAAUCCUGGAAUGAAGAAAAGUUCACCUAAUUAUAAUCCAGAUUGCAUUGUAGCUGCUAUUUAUGGAGAAAAUGAUAUAUUGGCUUUUGCAAGACUAGGAGAAAGUGUUUGGACCAAUAUUACGGUCCCUUCCCGUUCUUAUGAUGAUAUUGUUUGCUAUAGUGGUAAAUUUUAUGUUGUUGAUUGUCAUGGAGUUGUAGUUGUUUGUGACCUUGACGACGAUAAUGACCCAAAAGCAAUAGUAGUGGCUCCUGCUCCAACUAAGACGCGUGAUUCAAUUCGAAAGUAUCUUGUUGAAUCAGCAGGAGAUCUUUGUUUCUCGCUAGAAGAAAGUCGUGGGGAGGGAAAUAAAUAUGCCCAUAGUUUGGUUGAAUUGAAUACUUUGGGGGAUCAAGCUUUGUUCUUGGGCCACAAUGUAUCUACAUCAUUGUCCUCGUCAGAAUGUAAGGGAACUUUCAAAGCUAAUUGCAUCUACUUUACGGAUGAUAAUUUUGAGCUUUAUUCCCUUGAACCAGGUGGAGGUGGGAAUGACGCGGGAAUCUUUGACAUGGAAAAGGGAACUAUUGAAUUAAAUUAUGGAAGAGAUUUUCACAGUUAUACAUCUCCUUCAUUAUGGUUCCUGAAGGUUGCAGAUGGCAAAUCCUGGCUACUGAUGGCUGUGCAGCUGCUUGGAGGACCUGCUCGCCCAAACAGAGAACUGUUAUACUCUGAUGAUAGGUUACAAAUUGUUAUAGGAUUGCAGGAUGAAGUGUAUAAUUGUACUGAAGCUGUAUUUUCUAAGGAGAAGGAAAAUGAAGAAAGAAAGAAGCCGAAGAACGGAGAAAGCAGAGAAAAGGUGAAUAUGACAGCAGACGUAGAAGUGAAUCAGCUGACAGGGACUGGUAUCGUGAUAGGGAUUAUGACGGAGAGGGACAGAUAUCAAGAAAGGUCGCAUGAGAGGAAUGGCAGAGGAAGCCAUGAAGAGACUAGCUGUUUUGGAGAAGACAGACGCUUUUCACUUCAGAUUCACAUCAACCACAGAGCUCUGGCUCUGAUGCAGCAACUGCAAGACAUCAUUGCGGCAGAAGAACUUGAAGUUAAAUGA